UCCCGGUGUGUUAGGCACGGCAGGGCAGAAUGCGGAAGUUUGAGUAAUAUUAGAGAGGAAGACGGCUUCGAGUUGAGUCUGAACUUUACAGCUGGAAACUUUAUCUUCGUCCUCAGCGGCAGAAAACUGAACGCUCCAUCAUGGCUGAAUCAGUUUAUACUCCCACCACGACCCCAAACCCCGGAAACAGCUUCUGCCUGAUCCCUUCGGCCCACCUGGACAGAAACCGCUUUAUCCUAAAAGUCGUUGAAGUGGUGCUGUCCUUCAUUGCCUUCAUCCUGGAGGAGACUGUGGACAGCUGCUUCACCUGCUCUCCUCUCUACUUCUUUGAGUUCGUCAGCUGCACGGCCUUCCUCUUCACCCUGCUGCUGCUCUUCCUCCUUUCUACUAAGCUGCAUGAAAAGAUUCACAUCGAGGCCUGGCCCACUGUGGACUUGAUUUACACCGGGGUCAUCGCUGUGCUGCUCUUCAUCUCCUCCUGCGUCUUCGCUGCAGACGGCGGCUCUUUGGUUCAGGCGACCGUUGCUGUGGUCUUUGGCUUCUUGGCGACUGUGGCGUUUUCCAUCGACUUCGGCCUGAUGGUGAAGACCAAGGGGCUUCCCUUCCUAAUCAAAGACAAGAAGCAGGAGCACACUAACGGCAUCCCGACGCCGGCAGAGGAGGAAAGACUCAAAACCAACGAGACAGUUUAAGUGU